AAUCCCCUACGGCAGCGGCAGCAAUGGGUCUCCUCUCUGUCUUUGGCCGUGCACGGCCAGCAACUAUAUCCACCGAUCGGGUUGUCCCUCUUCGAUACUGGGAUGAUUUGCACUAUCUACGUAGUCUUAGCCAUGACUUUACCUUCCGCUUUGAUGACGUUCUUGAUGCCUCAAAACUUGAGGGAGCACUAGACCGGCUGAUGGAAAUCGGCGACUGGGGUCAACUGGGGGCUCGUCUGCGACUGAAUGAUAACGGAAAGCUCGAAUAUCACAUCCCGAGUGAGUACGACAAGAGCACCCGCCCCGCAUUCGGGUUUACCACCGAGAAGUAUGGGAUGGGUAUCAAUGAACACCCGUUGGGCGCACGGCUGCCGAAAACCGGCCAGGACCAGUCUGUCCUGUCGCCAUCCUGUGCGGAGUUUGCGCCACUGGUCCGCCAUGCGGAUAGUCCCCGAGAGCUGGCCGACUGGAUCUAUUCCGACCGUGGGCAGCUGCAUGUCCAUGUUGCGGUCUUUGAAGAUGCAACCCUUCUGACGGUUAGCUAUCUUCACACCUUUUUCGACGCCGUCGCGCGGACCAACUUCUUCAAGGCAUGGAUAGCUGUCCUCGAUGGCCGGGAGGAAGACGUGCCGCCUUUUGUUCCUUUUGACCAGGACCCCUUGGGCGAUUUGGGCAAGGGAGUCCCUCGGGAGAACUACACCCACUUCCGACGGCUCGUUGCCGGACUGAGUCUCGUACUGUUUGGGCUCAGGUACUUAUUCGAACUUUUCUGGUUCCGAAAGGAGGAAGAGCAUCCCAUCCGGGUGCCGGGACACUGCGUGGAACAGAUGAGGCAAAAUGCUCAAGAGGAGCUGGCGGCUUCGACCCCGGAGGGAGCCGAAGUGCCCUUCCUGAGCGAGCCUGAUGUCGUCUCCGCAUGGUGGGUGAAGACCAUGGUCACAGCCCUCAACCCUGCGCCCGGCCGUACCGUCAUGGUGAUGAGCCCCUUCAAUGUCUGGGGUCUGUUCAAGGAGUCGUUCCCGGCCGGCGCGAAGGGCUUCAUCGGCAAUGCAUUCUUCAACUCAUACACGGUGCACAAGACGAGCGAGGUCCUCGAGGAUAACAACUUGGCACACCUGGCGUGCAAGAAUCGGCAGGCGCUCAUGGAGCACAGAACCAAGGAGCAAGUCCAAGCGAUGACUGCCAUUCAACGAGACUCGUUCAUGCAGAUUCCACCCCUCGUCGGUGAUUCGAGCCUGCUCUUCAUGACCCAUACCAACCAACACAAAGCUAGGUAUUUCGAGACUGACUUCUCCGCCGCUGUUGUUGCCCCCGGUCUCCCUCUCAAAGACAGACCUCAUGCACUGGGUAGACCGUCUUACAUCAACGACAUUGAGCAUUGCCGUCUGUACCCCACUCGGAAUGUCUGUAGGGUCAUUGGCAAGGAUGCCGCAGGCGACUGGUGGCUUCUCUUCAAAACGCGCUCUGAGGCUUGGCCUUCGAUCCACAAACAGUUGAUGACUUUGCUUGACAUCGACGAGGUGCAGGCAGGGGACGUCUCGAAUGCAGCAAGCCUUCAGUACAACGAAAGCCCGUCGGGCAAGACAUAUUCCGAGGCUAUGGGAAUGCUUCUCCAAAUCCGUCUUCUUUGGAGACUUUUAGUAUAAGUAGCAUGUCCCUUUGUAUCCUAGAUAUAUGGGCCCUUCUAAAUUGAACUAUCUGGGUGAGGAGUCCCUCUGAAAGGCUGCAGGGUAUUAUGGUGAUUUUAUCGAAGAAUGCACGGGUAUGGCUUGUUGUCACUACGGGCAAUGUCAGUAAAUGCUGUUGAAUAGCUAGCAGGAUUUCGGGUUAUCUAAUGGAAUUCGUGGCAGUAUGAUCCAUC